AUGAUCAAACAGUACAAAUUAGAAUUUAAAAAACAGAACUUAUCACUUUUAAGAAUACCUGGAAAUUUGUCUGAUGAAACACCAAUUAAAGCUGAGUAUAAAAAUGAAUCAAAAGAACUUAAAUUAACAUUUGAAAUAAAACAAAAAUCUAGUAAUAACACUAUAGAAUUGAGUGCAGUACCUUCUAUCCCCCUACAAUACUUUUAUUGUUAUAAGGAAAAUAAUAAGAUAAUUUUAAAUCAAAUUGAAAGAGUUUAUCUUUUAAGAAAUAAUCAUAUUAAUUAUAAAAGUGAUUAUUCACAUAAAAGUUAUGAUAAAGCUCAGAGUAGAGAAGAACUGGAAAUGAAGAAGAAAAACAUAAAUUAUAAGUUAAAAAAGAUUCAAUCAGAAAGCAGUGUAGAUUUGUUAAUAAAAUAA